GGGGAGGGGCGGCCAUGUUCAGACCCUCCUCCUUUUCUUCUGCCCCUUAAUGGGAUUUUCCAGAAGGGCCACGCGACUUUCUUAUCUUUCUUAUCACCGUAAGGUUCUAUCGGUAAUUAAUCCAGGAGAACCGACUCGCUCGGAUAAACAUGUUUUUGCCGUAAGCUGUGGGACAACUCCUACUUUCCGUCUCCUUUUGAUUGGCUUCCGAAAGAGGCAGUGUCCUAUAAAUUGCAGCCUGCGCUGUGCUUCGGUCCUAUUGCCGGCUGAGGGACAGCCUGUGUGAAGAAGGAAGAUGCCAGUCAUCAGAAACCUGAGCCGAGCUGUCAGCCAGCUGCUACAAAACCCUGCUUGUGGAUGCGGGGUUUCCAUCGUGCCUGUUCGAUGCAUUGGCAUCUCACCCCGCCAGGUGGCCUCUGAUGCAAGCUUUCACUCGGUUUCUUUUUCCGAGUCAGAUCAUCCUCGGGUGUUAAUUACAGGUGGGCUCGGCCAGCUCGGUGUGGGACUUGCGAAGCUCCUCAGGAAACGAUUUGGAAAGAACAAUGUGAUCUUGUCUGAUAUUCGUAAGCCAGCAGAUCAUGUUUUUCAUAGUGGCCCUUUCAUCUACUCAGACAUCUUGGACUACAAGAAUCUACGUGAGAUAGUGGUGAAUAAUCGCAUAACGUGGCUCUUCCACUAUAGUGCUUUGCUCAGUGCUGUUGGAGAAGCAAACGUCCCCUUGGCCAGAGCUGUAAAUAUUACUGGUUUACACAAUGUUCUGGAUAUUGCAGCUGAACAUAAUUUGCGACUCUUUGUUCCAAGUACGAUUGGAGCCUUUGGGCCCACCUCUCCUCGAGAUCCAACUCCUGAUCUCUGCAUUCAGAGACCGAGGACCAUCUAUGGUGUCUCCAAGGUUCAUGCUGAACUGAUGGGAGAGUACUACCAUUACCGAUAUGGCCUCGACUUUCGCUGCCUGAGGUACCCAGGAAUCAUAUCUGCCGACUCGCAGCCUGGUGGGGGAACAACUGAUUAUGCUGUCCAGAUUUUCCACGAUGCCAUUAAGACUGGCAAAUUUGAAUGCAACUUAAAGCCGGACACCCGCCUCCCUAUGAUGUACAUUGAUGACUGUCUGAAAGCAACUCUAGAGGUCAUGGAGGCCCCUGCAGAGGCACUGAGCAUGAGGACGUACAACAUCAGUGCCAUGAGCUUCACUCCUGAAGAGCUGGCACAAGAGGUGCAGAAGCACGUUCCUGAGCUUCAGGUUACCUACAAUGUGGAUGCGGUCAGGCAGGCCAUAGCUGACAGCUGGCCAAUGAACUUUGAUGACAGCAACGCCCGGAGAGACUGGGGAUGGAAACCUGAUUAUGACCUCCCUGAAUUGGUGUCUACGAUGUUUAGCUUCCUUGGGUCUGAUUCCAGGAUUGCUCAAGCUAACUGAAACAUUUUGUCCAGUGUUUCCAGAUUUCCACAGAGGACCAGGAAGAAAUGGCUAAAUCAGUUCUAUAGUUUUGAGUCUUAAAGCAUGUCAAUUAUUAGCUUUCCUAAGCAGUUGGUUGAUAAAUCUCCAGUCAUUCUUUCUGCCUCAUAUCCAACAAACAGCAUGGGGCAAUACUGUCAAACCUGAUGUUUCAGGAACAUCCCACUCUGUUAAAAGAUGUUUUUCCAUUUCCCUAGUGGAGGGUUAUUACGUCAUAGUAAGAUACGAUCCAUUCCUCUCUGCUUAUAAAAGAGAGAAAUGAGCUACUCAAUGUUUCCAAAUUGCAGGCAGGGUUUUUUGCAACUGUAGUUUCAAGUCAAAUUUUGGUUAAUAUUUCAUAUUUAUAUAUAUAUGUUACUGUAUAAACAUACCAUUCUCUACCUGCAGGGCCUACGAAGUAACAUUAUUCUUAUAAUGCCUAUAAAUGUGAAGAGGAAAAGAACUUGAAUUCUCUUUGUGCUUUCAAUAUGACAGGGUUUACAAGCUGAGCUUUUCCUGUUGUUUCAAAACGCUGCUGCCAUCAGUUCAACCUCAGUAGAUCCCAAAUACAGAAAGCUGUUAUGUUUAUGAGAAUUCAGGCUGUAUUUCAAGAAGACAAUGCCCAGGAGUGGGGUUACUGUUAAUUAAUGCUUCUUCCUGUUAUCCCAGUUGCUUACUGUGCUAGCAUUAUUGCACACUGCCUGGAGCAAGUUCUGAAGUUGGGCUGAUGAUGGAGACUUAUUGACAUUAGAUGUUGACCUUUGAAAUCUGUUCACGUUGGCUGCUUUUUCUGUAUGUGCUGCAGAUGUUUUUGUAGAUGCUGUUUAUGUGACUGUCAAAUGCUUCUGUUCUUUAGAGAGGAUUCCAGAGGCUUAAACCAUCUACAGUUACAGUUAAGGCCUGUUCUGCUCAUUGAGUGUAAUGCACAGGAGAUUCUGUGAUUAACGAGGGAAUGUUAGUAGAAGGAUGCAGAGAAGAUGUGUCUAUCCAAAAGCUACUUACGAGACUUUGAAAGUGAGAAAUGACAGACUGGAGAGACAGGAAAUCCUUUUAAGGUAAUACAGCAGUCUUGAAUCUGAGCCAUGGGCUACUAUAGAAAUAGUACGCCUUGAGAAACAGCAUCUGGGAACUUGGAUUGUAUUUUACUUUUUCAAAGAGAAAAAUUUCCUUUUCAAAAUGACUGGGAAUUCCCUAGAUGAAGCUCUCCAUCUUCUUUGCCUUGCGUACUCCAGUUGCCCACGUAGGUGUUACAUUCAGUAUUUUCUGGUCUAUGUUGUUCAUUGAGUUUUCUAUGACAAGGCUUUGGUAACUGUGAGUCUGCUGCACUCUGUAACCCUGCAAUGUUUAUCCAGUCAGUGGUGAACUGACCCAAUUUCUGCCUCUCUAUGAGGGAAUCUACAUACUGCAGCGGAAAAAAAUGGUUUUCUCAUGAAAGUAACCUUCAAACAAAGAUGAUAGGGUGAAAACCAGGAAUCCUUUUAAACAUUUGUUGAAAUAUCUCUUGGUUUUGUAUGUAUCUUACUGCUUUAUCAGUUGGCAAAGUGUGCGUUUCCCAGGUAGUUAAGCUCAAAACCCUCUGGGGUUGUGGCCUGUGCUUAAAACUUCCUUUAUGAUGUUUACAAGGCAAGUUUUUGAACGUUCACCACUGUUCCAGCUCUCAUGUUGUUCAAGUGUAAUAUUUGGCCCAAUGGGCCAGUGAGGUUGGGCUCAUUCAUGUCAUCCAGUUUAACUCUGGUUUUGUCCUCUGCCACGCCAAAACAGAAUUAUCUGCCAUUCAACUGUUACACUGAUCCAUCAGAUGAAGGGCUUAAAAGGAUUUAAUAAGCGUUGUCCAUCCUAGUCCUUAAAUCAGCACCAGGGGACUCCUCCAUUCCAUGCAGCCAACCAAAGAGUUGCUGAUGGAUCUGAUUCCGUUUCUUUAAUAUAGAGAAAGUCCUGCUCUGUUCACCCUUGUUCAGAGCUCAAGUUAAUGCUAAAAGGGGUGAAGAACAAAAAAUACUCUUCCUUCUGAAGCGAGCUGUCCUUCAUUGUGGCACUGCACAAAAGCUUAAAGUUGUACAAGCGCAGGUGAAAAUCAGACCUAUGGUGUUUUAAACAGCGUGUUGUCUACCAACAGUUGCUGCCUCAUUUAGGAGCAUUCUGGUUUUUAACCUGUGACCAACGAUGCCUUUUGUGUUUUCUUUCUGCCUGUCUUCCCUGUGACUUCUCUCGUUAACUACGCUACGGUAUUUUCUGUACUAAACCAGUUUGAUGUGGUUCAACGCGUACGACUUUUUCUACCAGUUUGAAGUCUGACUUCUGGGCUCAGAUUUUCCCAUGAUGUUUGAGUGUUGCAGCUGUUACCUAUUCAGGAGGGGGGGAAAAAGAGAAGUUAGGAAUAUCUUUUUCAAAUGCUGCAAGUUGUGGGUGAUGCCUACUUUAAUAAAGUUCUAUACGGAUGUC